AACACAACUGACAUUGAAGUUAACUCUCUCUUUAUUUGUAUGGCAGGCUAAUUUGAUGUAUGCAGAGUUUCGCCACAAAGAAAAAGGAAAGAAAAAUCUUUUCAGGAAGAUGGUGAACUUUGGCACCAAAAUCAAGAACAGGCUUCAGUUCAAGCUAAGAAAUGAUCAAAACGUGCCAUACUAUGAGGCUCACAUGUCCUCUGAUGCCUUUGAGAGGAUGCCACAGGCAGGAUCCAGGGGACAGAGGAAGGAACAGACCUCCGAGGCUCCACGUCCGGGAGCGAAUUCUGGCUUUCUCCCUUUGAUUCCCCAAAAACCUCAGCUGACUUCAGCUGUGAUGCAGAGCGAACCAUGCCACAAUGCCAGCGCCAACCGUGGUAACUUCUAUGAAAUUCAGGGCACAUCCUCAAGUUUCAACAGCUUUGGAAAGAGGGAACUCAUGCAACUGAGGGAUAAGAACAGCAUCCCACAAACUGUAAGGAAGAAGAUCUUCGAGAAGGAAAGUGGCCCUCCAGAGAGAUAUCAAUGGAGCCAGCCUCGCAGUGCUAUGCCAGGAGUCUCUGCUCCUCAACCAAACCCCAGGGAGAAGCCACCAAAGUCAUCUGUGCUGACCAGGGUGUCUGCUGCACUGGCCCGAGUGUUCCAGAAGAAGAAAUAGAGAAACUACUGAUGAAACCUAACCACAGGACCAAUACUUAUAAUAAGAAACACAUUUCCUGGAUUUU